CUUCCCAAUUCCUCCCAGCCAUUAUCAACGCUCCCCAACCCUCUCCUCCCAGCCUCCCAAUGGCUUCGGAUCAGGCAGCUGUGCCCACUCUCCCCUUCAGGAACCGCCUCUCAGAAUCCAUCUCAAGCUGCCUUCCACGGAGCUGCUAGGCUGCCCUGGACCCUCUCGGUGCCCAGACUUCUCCGGAGCUUGCCGCUAGCCAAGACCAGAACUAGAUCUGGUCUCCCACUGCCCAGACAGAUCUACUCACCUGUGAAUCAACUAAGAACCCCGGAUGGUGAAGAAAGAGUAAAGACUCAAGAAACUUGGAGAAGAGCAAUAAGAAGAAUGAAUCCUGCUUUGGUAAAUGAUCCCCAGGAUCUGUUAACAUUCAAGGAUGUGUCUGUGGACUUCUCACAGCAGGAAUGGGAAUGUCUUGACCAUGCUCAGAGGACAUUGUACAUGGACGUGAUGUUGGAGAAUUACAACAAUCUACUUUUUGUAGAGAAUAAUCGUGUAUGUAUCAAACAUCAUGAAGUCUUGGAUCGAGAAACAAAGUACAGUGCCUCCGAGCAUGUGAAUAUUGAAGAGAAGUCUAAUAAAUUGAAUGAAUGUGGCAGAAUGAUUGAUGAGUCCUCGAAAAGUACACCUUGUCAAACUAACGACAGAGAUACCUCCAUUGAAUCAUCAAACAGACAUGAAACUGAGAAUGCCAGAGAACCAUGCAAAUAUAAAGAUUGUGUGAACAGCUUAAACUUGUGUUCCAUCACUAGUCAAAAUCAAACAGUGCACAUAGGAAUGAGAGAACACAACAAAGCACAGUAUGAUAAAGUUUUUCUCUCUAACUAUAAAAUUGUGCAAAAAGGAAUCAAUAGUGGAAUGAAAUCACACAAGUGCAGGAAGUCUGGAAAAUUCUUCAAGGUGCACUCAAGCCUGAGUAGGCAUCAGAGAGCUCAUAGUAGAGAGAAGCACUAUAAAUGUACAAAGUGUAGUAAAUCCUUUCUGCAUUUGUCACACCUCAAACUGCAUUACAAAAUCCAUUAUGGAGGAUAUCCCUACAAAUGUACAGAAUGUGGUAAGUGCUUUUAUCAUGUAUCAGACUUUGAAAGGCAUAACAGAAUCCACACUGAAGAGAAUACUUACAAAUGUAGUUUUUGUGGCAAAUCCUUUAUCUACUGCUCAGAAUUUAGAAAACAUCAGAAAAUUCAUGAAGGAGAGAUGCUUUCUGAAUGUAACCAAGAUGCUAGGUCAAUCUGUACAUUUUCCUACCGUGAAUACCAUUACAGGGCUGGUAUAAGAGAAAAAUGUUUCAGAUGUAAAGAAUGUGGCAAAACCCUUUCCACAUCCUCAGGACUUAAAAUACAUCAUAGAAUUCAUACAGGAGAGAAACCUUACAAAUGUACUGAAUGUGACAAAUCCUUUACCCAGAAAAGCAAUCUUAGAAUGCAUCAGAAAAUUCACACAGGAGAGAAUACUUUCAAAUGCAGUGAUUGUAACAAAUGCUUUACCCAAAAAUGCCUUCUUAGAAUUCACCAGAGAACUCAUUCAGGAGAGAAACCUUACAAAUGUAAUGAAUGUGACAAAGCCUUUGCUGGUAGCUCAUAUCUUAGAAGUCAUCAGAGAAUUCAUUCAGGAAAGAAACCCUACAAAUGUAGUGAAUGUGAAAAAUCCUUUAACCGGAAGGACCAUCUCCGAAUUCAUCAGAGAGUUCAUACAGGAGAGAAACCAUAUAAAUGUAGUGAAUGCGACAAAUGCUUUACCCAGAAAGGCAGUGUUAGAAUUCAUCAGAGAAUUCAUACAGGAGAGAAACCUUACAAAUGUAGUAAAUGUGAUAAAUCUUUUACCAAGAAAGAUGGUCUUGUAAUUCAUCAGAUCAUUCAUACAGGAGAAGAACCUUAUAAAUGCAGUGAAUGUGACAAAUCCUUUAACCGGAAAGACCAUCUUAGAACUCAUCAGAGAUUUCAUACAGGAGAAAGAAUUUACAAAUGUAGUGAAUGUGAUGAAUACUUUACCCAGAAAAGCAGCCUGAGAAUUCAUCAGAAAAUUCAUACAGGAGACAAGACUUACAAAUGUAGUGUUUGUGGCAAAUCCUUUAACCGGAGAAACCAUCUUAGAACUCAUGAGAGAAUUCAUGCAGGAGAGAUGCCUUAUGAUUGUAGGGAAUUUGAAAAUUCCUUUACCCACAAUGGCUCUCUUAGAAUUCAUCAGAGACUUCACUCAAGAAAGAAAGUUUACAAAUGCAGUGAAUGUGACAAAUCCUUUACUAGCAGCUCAUAUGUUAGAAUACAUCAAAGAAUUCAUUCAGGAGAGAAACCUUACAAAUGUAGUGAAUGUAACAAAUGCUUCACUAGUGGCUCAUAUCUUAGAAUGCAUCAAAGAAUUCAUACAGGAGACAAACCUUACAAAUGUGGUGAAUGUGAUAAAUGUUUUACCCAGAAAUGCAGUCUGAGAAUUCACCAGAGAAGUCAUACAGGAGAAAAACCUUACAAAUGUGGUAAUUGCGAGAGGUCCUUUACCAGUGGCUCAUAUCUUAGAAUACAUCAGAGAAUUCAUAAAGGAGAGAAACCUUACAAAUGUAGUGAAUGUGACAAAUCUUUUACCCAGAAAGGCUAUCUUAGAAUUCAUCAGAGAAUUCAUAAAGGAGAAAACCUUACAAAGGUAAUAAAUGUGAAAAAUCCUUUACCCAGAAACGCUGACUUGUGAAACUCAUCAGAGAAUUCAUAUAGGAGAGAAACCUUAAAUGCAGGGAAUGUAGCAAAUCCCUUGACAGGAGGAAAAACUGUAUUAGAACUUAUUAGAAAUUUCAUACAAGAAAUAAAUAAAUGUAUAGAAUUUGAUAAAUUGUUUAACCAGAAAAGCUAUCUUAGAAUACAUCAGAGACUUCAUUCAAGAAACUUUAUAAAUGCA